AUGGUAAUGUAUGCAAGGAAACAACCGAGACUCAGUGAUGGCUGUCACGACCGAAGGGACUCCCAACCCUACCAGACACUUAAAUAUUCAUCAAAGGGACACCCAAGCAGUGGUGAUCACCGUCAUGACAAAAUGCGAGACUCUGCAGAUCCAUCUCCCCCAAACAAGAUGCGAAGAUCAGACAGCCCUGAAAAAUAUGCUGACAGUGCUGGACAUGGGAAGGCCAAGAGUAUGCACAUUCACAGGGUUCGAGAGAGAGAUGGAGGGACCAGCUUUUCUCCACAAGAAAAUUCCCAUAACCACAGUGCUCUUCAUAGCUCAAAUUCACAUUCUUCUACUCCAAGCAAGACAUCUGAUUCUAGCACCACAACUAUACCGGAUAAAAUAAAAAAGAAAAACAUUUUGGCUUUAGAUAUUUUAAAGCUGACCAAGCCUCUGCCAACUUUAGGUUUUCAGUUGUGUAAGGCUUAUGAUCCAGCAGAUGACUGGUCUGAGCAUAUCAGUUCCUCGGGCAAAAAAUACUAUUAUAACUGCAGAACAGAAGUGUCCCAAUGGGAGAAACCGAAAGAGUGGCUGGAAAGGGAACAGCGCCAGAAGGAGUCUAGUAAAGUGGCAGUUAAUAGUUUCCCCAAAGACCGAGACUACAGAAGAGAAGCAAUGCAAGCCACAGCUACGGUGGAUGAGAAACAUUCCAAUGACGCCAGCAGCAUGCUUCCACAGAACAUUUUGUCUCAGACAAGCCGACACAAUGACAGAGACUACAGACUGCCGAGAACAGAGACUCACAGCAGUGCAGCCCCAGUGCAGCACUCUAUUAAACCUGUGGUACACCCGUCUGCUGCCACAAGCAGUGUUCAUUCUAGUACUUUUACAGUACAGCCUGAUCACCCUCCUCCAAAGAAGUCAUUUGAUGCAAAUGGAGCAGCAACGUUGUCAAAACUGCCUAUCCCCACAUCUUCCAUCCCAACACAGAAAUCUGACAGAAAAGACUCUGUUUCUGAUAAAUCAUCCUGUACCAUCCCUUCCACAUCCUCUGCUUCUGGACUAAACCCUUCUUCUGCUCCCACUUCCUCUUCUACAGUCCCUGUGUCACCAGUGCCACAAUCACCAAUUCCUCCGAUACUGCAGGACCCAAACCUCCUGCGACAGCUUCUCCCUGCCUUGCAAGCCACUCUGCAAAUUAAUAAUUCUAAUGUGGAUAUAUCCAAAAUUAAUGAAGUUCUUACAGCUGCUGUGACACAAGCCUCUUUACAGUCAAUAAUUCACAAGAUCAUCACCGCUGGGCCCUCUGCUUUCAACAUUACUUCUCUAAUCUCCCAAGUUGCACAGCUGUCAGCACAAGCGACACAAUCAAAUCAGUCACCCAUGUCUUUGACAUCUGAUGCCUCAUCGCCAAGGUCAUAUGUGUCCCCCCGAAUCAGCACGCCGCAGACGAAUGCUGUUCCCCAUAAACCCUUGUUAAACACCACACCUGUAUCUUCACAGCCAAAGGCCAAUACUUCUAUUGGUUCUAAACAAGGACCAUCUACACAGACAGUACCACAGCAGUCAGUGACUGCAGAAAAAUCCCAAGGACAUGAACCUGCCUCCCCCCGAAACCUUCAGCGUCAAAGUAGUCAGAGAAGCCCGUCUCCUGGCCCCAAUCUUGCCUCCAGCACUUGUGCAUCAAGCACGUCAUCUGUACAACAGAACUCUGCACGGUCAUCUUCAUCUUCACUGACGCCAACGCUAGCUGCCUACUUCAAUGAAAACCUUAUAAAGCAUGUGCAAGGCUGGCCUGCUGAGCACGCCGAAAAGCAGGCAUCCAGGUUACGUGAAGAAGCCCACAACAUGGGGAGCAUUCACAUGUCUGAAAUUUGUACAGAGUUGAAAAAUUUAAGGUCUUUAGUUCGAGUAUGUGAAAUUCAAGCAACUUUGCGUGAGCAAAGGAUACUGUUUUUGAGACAGCAAAUUAAAGAACUUGAAAAACUUAAAAACCAGAAUUCCUUCAUGGUGUGA